UACCCUGGGUCAAGAUAGUUUGUCGAUAAUUUUCAUUUAGACUUCAGAAGUGUUAUACCACGAAUUGGAUCACAGUUAAACAACUCUAGGUGUAUUUACACCCAAAAGUGAAAACAAAUUUUUCAGUUGGAUCAUGUAUGAAAAACAAGCCUCUCUUGGGACGGACUGUCCGCAGUCCGGGGAUUAUCUGUCCAUGUUAACAUCCAAAGGAGCGUAUGACACAACAUGUACCUCGGGAUACCCCAUGACAUCCAUACCCAGUAUGAAUUCUAUUGGGAGCAUGAGCAUGAGCAUGCAAUCAAUGGCCAUGACUAAUAACUACUCCCCACCCAGUAUGGGAGGAAUGGCCGGCACGAUGACCCCACCAGGGAUGACCAACCUUGGUAUGACCCCCGGGAUGGGAAUGCACCCCGGCAGCAUGCACGCAAGUAUGAAUUCAAUGAACUCUAUGUCUCCCAUGAAUGGAAUGAGUUCCAUGGGUGGCAUGCCGAUGAACGGGAUGGGAGCCCCCAUGAACCCUAUGAGAAUGGAUAGUUAUAAUCGCGCCCAGGCUAUCAAUCGGGCCCGGGAUAAAUCGUACCGGAGAAGCUACACUCACGCUAAACCACCGUAUUCUUAUAUUUCACUGAUCACGAUGGCUAUUCAACAAUCACCCAACAAAAUGUGUACCCUCAGUGAAAUCUAUCAAUUUAUUAUGGACUUGUUUCCUUUCUAUCGACAAAAUCAGCAAAGAUGGCAGAAUUCUAUUCGUCAUAGUUUAUCCUUUAAUGAUUGUUUUGUGAAAGUACCACGGACUCCGGACCGACCCGGUAAAGGCAGCUACUGGACACUACAUCCAGACUCAGGGAACAUGUUUGAAAAUGGGUGUUACCUUCGACGACAAAAGCGCUUCAAAUGUUUGAAGAAAGAAAUGAUCCGACAGUCCCUGACAAAGAGCGAGGAUGGAUCAGUGAUAGAAAAUCCCCACUCUCCGCAUAGUGAUCAAAGCGUAUCCUCACCACCCCACAGCCCCGAGGAAAUAUCCAACCCCCAGGAACAACCAGACCGGAAGCCGGAAAUCCCCAUCGCUGCACAUAACACCACUUCUCCUCCGUCCCAGCACCAGGAGAUGCCCCCAUCAAUGAGGCACCACCCACAACAUGACCCCUUAUCCCAGGCCUAUAACAAUGGACAAUACAACCCCCACUCAUUUCAUCAUCCGUUCUCUAUAACCAGUUUAAUAACAGACAAUGCGAAAAUGGACAUGAAAAAUAUGUACGAGAUGCCCAACGUGUAUGGCGGUUACAACAAUCCCAUGGCUUUGCCACCGAUGGCAAAGACGGAAGCUCCUUCCCCCAUGCCUAUAUCGGACAAUGGUUAUUACAAAACCUAUGCGCCGCACUCAACGGCUAGCCUCUAGGUACAAAACUCAACUUUACCCUUAAAGCUGUAUACCAAAGAUAUAUUGUCUCAGAAAGCUGUGGUUUGAAAAAUAGUGCGAUGGGAUUUUUCAAUAUUGUGUGAAUGUGAUUGACAAAAUAAGAUUUUUGUGUUUUUUAAAAAAGAAUCGUGUACGUGAAAAUAGGAUACUUGUAGAUUUUGUGUUACCCCGCGGCCUGAGGAUCAAAUUGCUGUAUUCCAAUUAAGAAAGCACUCUAAAAAAAGGUUGUACCGCACCGAUUCUCGUCAUGACAAUCUGUUAUGUGUUCAGAAGAAAAUUAGACACGUUUGUGUGUGUGUAAAUAUUUAUAUAUACAUAUAAUUCUAUCUUUUAGAAAAAAAAUAAUUUAUUUUUCUAUCAAAAUAUUCUUACAGGAGCCUGAAAUAUCUAACAAGUCUUAUUGCUGAUGCUGAACGUGAAAUUAACGUCUAGGUAGAUGAAAUGAUAUUUAUAUGUUAGCGCCCGAGUGUGAAAUUUUCCCGGAGAUGUGAAUGGUUGUAGUAUCAUCUUAGACUCAUGUCCUUUACAGCUCAAAAAAUGAUAUUUAUUUUUUUUUUUUCUCUUAAUCUAAGUCAUUUUUGUUAUAUUUCUGUAGACAUGAACAAAAUCAGAAUAUAUAUAACUAUUAAAAUCAA